AUGUGGAACAAUCAGCUGCUCAAAUGCAAGUUCAAACUGACCAUGAACAAAGUGAAAACAAGGGAGGGUGUCGGGGGUCCUUUCACUCUGGCCCUGGUCUCGUGCCGGCUGCGGCCCGCGGGGCACUUGGCCGCGGUGUCAGGCCGCCGUUCCGCCCUCGGUGCCGCUCUGUCCCGGUCCCGCUCCCUCCGCCUUGCGGUCUGCGCGGCGCUGCCUUCCCCGCGCCUCCGAGCCCGGCCCGCCGCCGCCCGUGGUGCGAGACGCCGGCGAGGUGGGCUGCGCUUGCGUCCGUCGGCGCGUGGACAGGUAAGGCCGCCCUCGUCCUCGCGGAGCCCGGGUGUGCAUGCAGCUCCGCCGCCUCGGCUGCACCUGGAGCUUUAUGAGACGCGCACAGUCCCGGGUCUGCACGGAGCUCGGGUCUGGGUGUCAGUUCCCCGGCCCCGCCUCCAGUCUGCUGCUCUCCGAUUCCCUUUUGUCUCCCGUGCUUCCUUCUGGGCCCAGCUAUUCGUACGGCAGUUCGAGCCCACCGGCCUCUCCGCGGGAGAGCGAGGACGCAGCGCUAAUGGAUGGUGGUGUCCCGGGGUUGGGGAAUCGGAAUCUGCGGACUCAGUGGUCGUUGAGGAUGUCACUGUGGAGUUUACUCAUGAAGAAUGGGCUUUGCUGGAUCUUGCCCAGAGGAAACUCUACGAAGAUGUGAUGAUGGAAACGUUCAGAAACCUGGACUCAGUCGCCACACACAGAAGAGUUCACACAGGAGAAAAGCCUUACAAAUGUAAGCUGUGUGGGAAGGCCUUUAGACAGUCCUCAGCUCUCACCUCACAUAAAAGAGUUCACACCGGAGAGAAGCCUUUUGUAUGUAAGGGAUGUGGAAAAGCCUUUAGUCACUCUUCAGCCCUCACUGAACAUAUGAGAACUCAUAGUGGAGAGAGGCCUUAUGAAUGUAAAGAAUGUGGGAAAGCCUUUAGUCAGUCCUCAAACCUCACUAGACAUAUAAGAACUCAUAGUGGAGAGAAGCCUUAUCAGUGUAAAGACUGUGGAAAAGCUUUUAGCGAUUAUUCAUCCCUAACUCAGCAUAUAAGAAAUCACAGUGGAGAGAGGCCCUUUGAAUGCAAGCUGUGUGGGAAAACCUUUUAUCAGUCCUCUCACCUCACUAGUCACCUAAGAAUUCACAAUGGAGAGCGGCCUUACCAAUGUAAAGAAUGUCGGAAAGCCUUUAGUGAUUGCUCAUCCCUCACUAGACAUAAGAAAGUUCACAUUGGAGAUAGGCUUUUUAUAUGUGAAGAGUGUGGGGUAACUUUCAGCUGCUCCUCAUCCCUCACCAACCACAGAAAAACUCACUUUGGAGAUAGGCCUUAUGACUGUAGGCAAUGUGGGAAAUCCUUCAGCUGUUCCUCAUCCCUCAAUAGACAUAAAAGGUCUCACAGUAGAGAGAGGCCUUUUGAGUUCAAGGACUGUGUGCAAGACAUAAGUCAGCCUUCAGCCCUCACUCCAUAUUUGAUAGUUCACACUUGA